AUAUGUAUUAUUUUUAUUUUAUUUAAAUUGUUAUUAUUUUUCCAGAAAUUUCUAUUGUUUAUAUUUUCUCUCUUCAGUUAUGCUGCAGAUGCUGGGGCACGUAGUAUUUUGGUCUACGAUAUUACGGGUGGUAAAUCAUAUCGUAUUGUCUUACCCAAAGCAACCUGUCCCACCAAUGAUGUCCUCUAUAUUGCUCUGGCCGCCCAACCUGAUGGUACUUCUACUUUAUUCUUCACUUAUCUCAGUUCACCUCGUCUGUAUUCAAUUAAGGGGGAAUAUUUACGAGUGGGUCAGGGUGCUGGGUCCAUUGUAGAUGUGGGUGCUAAGCCUUAUGGCAAACAGAUGGUUAUGUUGGGUGCUGAUGGUGGUAAUUCACUGUUUUUCCGUUAUAAAGGGGAAAACGACAUAUAUAUGUGGGAUUCGGAGACAUGCUUUAAAUCAGCAAAUCUUCAGGAAGUGCAACGUGGCGGUGAUUGUCGUCUAUCAACACAGGUUUUACCUGGCCAUAAACGUUUUAUGUGGGCUUUGGAAAGUAAUUUUCAUGAUUUUAUAUCCGAACGUACUGGCUGCAAUGGUGCUUCAAUUAUACUACAUCCGGUUGUACGUGAAUGUGAUGACUAAAAAAAAUAUUUAGUUGUUGCAAAACAAAACUUUGUCUUCUUACCAGCAUAUUUUAUUUUUUUAGUAUUAAGUAAGUAAUUUAAAUUUUUUAUUAAAUAUACUUUUAUACUCGUGCUCAUUAUAUU